AGAGUUGUGUUUUGUCUUGUUAAUCUACCAAAACCAAAGUCUCUGAUAAUUUUCCGACAACAGUUUCGUUUCGUCUGAGGAAAAAAAUAUGGCUACAUUUGCACUUCCAUUUUGCGAAAUUCCCGAGGAUCUCCAGCUCCGAAUCUUGUCUUUCCUCACACCGGCAGAGAUCUCCAGCUUCGCCUGCACAUCGAAACGCUUCGCCUCGCUGUGUCAGGAAGACGGCAAAAUCUGGCACGCUAUGUGCGAUCGCAGAUGGGGGAAGAAGACGAAGAUCCAGAAAUGGGGAAACGGUAAAGUCGCGUAUAGACUCCUUUACAAGACUCUCAAGGGAUUUGAGAAUCUAAUUGGAUUCUGGCGUCUCUGCGGCAGAGCAAAUCCCGCCGCUUCGUCGCCGCCUCUUGUUUUCUUCGAUUGGGGUCCGUCGUUUGUAUUGGGAUCUAGAGUUUUAGCCUCCGGAGAUGAUACUUAUCAGGUUAAGAAGACGCCAUUUCUCUUGAUGGGGAUUUCGUCGGAGGGACGAUCUCAGAACUUCUUGGAUCUCGGUGGCGGUGAUAAUCUUAGAUCUGGGGAUGAUUUUAAAGAAUUCGAAGCUUCUUCGAGUGCAAAUCUCGUCCCGGUGGAUGUGAAUUUCAUGGGGAAUGGUCAUAUCAUGGUGGAGGAGAAUCGAUAUGUUACUAACAAUCCUAGAGAAGAGCAGAAGAGCUCAGGGGACGAGAGUGAUGAUUUGGUCUCAUCGCCCGAUUUUUCGGAAAUGUACACUCAAUUAGCGAAUAAGACGAGCCCAGGCGGUGACAGAAGGAGACAGAGGAGGAAGGAGAAGGAGAGGCAAGCGUCGAGGACUAAGUGGGAACCAGAACACUUUAUCAAAGUUGCUGAUUGCUCACCCACGCCUACUAAGCCAUUACAAGGCUUAUGGAAGGGAUUUUGUGAGGGAAGGAACAUGGAGUUAUAUCUGGUCAAAUACGAUGACGUUGGAGGCAUUAUAUGCAGAAAAGUAGAGGAUUUGUCCUUAUCACGGCAAACUCCUCCUGUGUUCUGGACACCCAAUCACGUGGUCAUCAGAUCUCCCUUUUCAGCUGAAGAAGAGCUGCUGUUGAAUAGUCGAAUUCAUAUCAGUCCUCUCGCCCAAGUUCAUGAAAAUGUUGUCUCUGGCAUGUUGUACAUGAACUCUAGUUACGAUCUGGUGUUGCCAGGAGAAGCAGGCAAUGGUGGUGGUUUUCUCAGAGGUGAAGGGCGGGUCUGGUUGUAUGAAAAUGGAACUUUCAGUUUUGGGUUUCUUCGGGAUCAAUUCAUCAUUGAUCUGAAACAUGUUGCUCUAGAAGAUGGUUGCCUGGCGGACGAGUUGGUAGCUUGUAUGUGAUUUACUCUAUUGGUUGUGAUUCUGAAUUCUGACCGUGAUGGUUGGAUGAUCACCUUUUUCUGUACAUAAAAAGUGCUUGGUGGUGACUCUUGUACUUUCAAGUUUAGUCUCAUUUUAGUUGACGAAAACUAGGAUGCUGGAAAUAUUGCCUUGUUUAUUUAUUUGUUUUCUGUGGAUUAUGUAACUUUUCCAGUUGUUCUAUAAAUAAGAGAUUUGUUGAUUUAACU